GGCCUCUUUCGGAAGCGCACGCGCUCCGGGCGCCCGUCGGCGGGGGCGAGGAGAAGGGAGCGGACCCGCCGAUGGCAGAGGCGAGUCUGAGUCGUCGGUGGCGUCGGGGGAGCUGGGGCUGCUCGGGAGCCGCCUUCUCUGGGCGCAGGGUGAGUCCUGAGCGGGGAGAGGUUCCCCCCUUCCAGCUUCCUCCCGCCCGGACUUCGCCUGCGCCCCGCCACCCCUGCAGGGUAGGACGCUGCUGCGGAGGCUGCCGCCCCGCGGAGGCAGGAGACUGGGGUGGGGCCGAGGGCCUCGCCUUUCUUCGGGGCUCGAAGUGGCCCGGCUUCCUCAAUGCUCGCGGGAGGAGGCGGCGGCGGGCAAGCGGGGCUUCGGCGUCUCUCCACCUCCUCGGACGGCAGAAGGGGACAAGGCGGGGUAGGGCUUGCGUGACCGGUAUGGAAUUCAUUCCCUUGGUUGUAAUGUAUAUCUUACUUUUAUAUAUCCUACAUUUUGACUUAUCUAUCUGGAGAGCAGGGGCUCAAAAAAACCAGUUUGACUACAUAUCUUACUUUUAUAUAUCCUACAUUUUGACUUAUCUAUCUGGAGAGCAGGGGCUCAAAAAAACCAGUUUGACUACAUAUGUUACUUUUAUAUAUCCUGCAUUUUGACUUAUCUAUCUGGAGAGCAGGGGCUCAAAAAAACCAGUUUGACUACAUAUGUUACUUUUAUAUAUCCUGUGCAGUAUUUUGAUUUUUCUCUCUGGAGAGCAGGGGCGGAACCAGACUCAGUGACCCAGUUUGGCUAUAUAUGUUACUUUUAUAUAUCCUGUGCAGUAUUUUGAUUUUUCUCUCUGGAGAGCAGGGGCGGAACCGGGCUCAAUGACCCAGUUUGGCUAUAUAUGUUACUUUUAUAUAUCCUGUAUUUUGAUUUUUCUGUCCGGAGAGCAGGGGCAGAACCAGACUCAGUGACCCAGUUUGGCUAUAUAUGUUACUUUUAUAUAUCCUGUGUAUUAUUUUGAUUUUUCUCUCUGGAGAGCAGGGGCAGAACCAGACUCAGUGACCCAGUCUGGCUAUAUACAGUGGUGCCCCGCAAGACGAACGCCUCGCAAGACGGAAAACCCGCUAGACGAAAGGGUUUUCCGUUUUGGAGGCGCUUCGCAAAACGAAUUUCCCUAUGGGCUUGCUUCGCAAGACGAAAGCCCAUAGGGAAAUCUCCGGGGACCUCAUUAAAUGCUAGCGGUGGGGAGCAAAGCCUUCCCCCUCCGGCCUUCAGAAGAGGUCCAGGACGGCUGGCGGGCCCCGACCGGCUUGGCGCCCCACCGCCAGCAUUUUAAAAGCAGUCCGGGAUAGCAGGGAAGCGCUUCCCGCUAUCCCGGACGGCUUUUGAAGGCAGGAGAGGUCCGCGAAGCCUGGGCGCGCUGAUCUCAGCGCGCGCAGGCUUCGGCAUGCCGGCAACUCUCCGCAAGCAGCGGCAGCGCUGCCGCUGCUCGCGGAGAGGUCCGCGAGCCUGGGCGCGCUGAUCUCAGCGCGCGCAGGCUUCGGCAUGCCGGCAACUCUCCGCAAGCAGCGGCAGCGCUGCCGCUGCUCGCGGAGAGGUCCGCGAGCCUGGGCGCGCUGAUCUCAGCGCGCGCAGGCUUCGGCAUGCCGGCAACUCUCCGCAAGCAGCGGCAGCGCUGCCGCUGCUCGCGGAGAGGUCCGCGAAGCCUGGGCGCGCUGAUCUCAGCGCGCGCAGGCUUCGGCAUGCCGGCAACUCUCCGCAAGCAGCGGCAGCGCUGCCGCUGCUCGCGGAGAGGUCCGCGGAGCCUGGGCGCGCUGAUCUCAGCGCGCGCAGGCUUCGGCAUGCCGGCAACUCUCCGCAAGCAGCGGCAGUGCUGCCGCUGCUUGCGGAGAGGUCCGCGAAGCCUUGGCUGGACAGCUUUUGAAGGCAGGUGGGGGACAAAGACUUCGCCCCGCCAACCUUCAGAAGAGGUCCAGGACCUCUUCUGAAGGCUGGCGGGGGCAAAAGUCUUUGUCCCCCUGCCUGCCUUCCCAGGGGCUUUAAAUUGCCCCGGACAGCGGAGAAGUCCUCCGCUGUCCCGGGGCAAUUUUAAAUGCCGCCCGCCAGCAUUUUAAGAUCGCCCCGGACAGCGGAGAAGCCCUCCGCUGUCCCGGGGUUUUUUAAAAUGCUGGGGUGGGUGGGAAGAAAAGCCCUUGUGCCCCCCAGCCUUCAGAAGAGGUCGGGGACAGACUGUCCCCGGACCUGGUCUGAAGUCGGUUUCCCUAGGAACGCAUUAAUUGAUUUUCAAUGCAUUCCUAUGGGAAACCGUGCAUCGCAAGACGAAAAACUCGCAAGAAGAAAAAACUUGCGGAACGAAUUAAUUUCGUCUUGCGAGGCACCACUGUAUGUUACUUUUAUAUCUCCUGUGCAGUAUUUUGAUUUUUCUCUCUGGAGAGCAGGGGCGGAACCGGGCUCAAUGACCCAGUUUGGCUAUACAGUGGUACCUUGGGUUACAUACGCUUCAGGUUACAGACUCCGCUAACCCAGAAAUAGUACCUCAGGUUAAGAACUUUGCUUCAGGAUGAGAACAGAAAUCGGGCUCCGGCGGCACAGCAGCAGCAGGAGGCCCCAUUAGCUAAAGUGGUGCUUCAGGUUAAGACCAGUUUCAGGUUAAGUACAGACCUCUGGAACGAAUUAAGUACUUAACCUGAGGUACCACUGUAUAUGUUACUUUUAUAUAUCCUGUAUUUUGAUUUUUCUGUCCAGAGAGCAGGAGUGGAACCAGACUCAAUGACCCAGUUUGGCUAUAUAUGUUACUUUUAUAUAUCCUAUAUUUUGAUUUUUUUCCACAUUUUUUUCUAUUAAAUGUUAUGUUUUGCAUUUUAGAAUAUUCAUUUAAACAACCUUAAAAUGUCAAUGACUUCCCCCCUUCUCUUUGUGUGGUACAUUUUGCAUAACAUAAAUCCCUGCAUAUUUCAUAUAAACCAAACCAUUCAGUAUUCCAUUAUUACAUCCAUCAAAACUUAUUUACAUUGUUGAAUUUAUCUUAAUACUGCCCACAUUUUCAAUGUACACAGUUUCCCCCCAUAUAUUCAAUUAACAUUUUCCAGUCUUUUUUAAACGUAUGUUGUUCUUGUUCUCUUAUUCUAUAUGUUAGGUCUGCAAGCUGCGGAUAUUCCAUCAGUUUAAGUUGCCAUUCUUCUUUAGUUGGGACUUUGCUCAUUUUCAAUUUUUGGGCUAACAAAACACGGGCUGCCGUAGUGGCAUACAUAAAUAACCUUUUUUGACACCUGGGAAUUUCCAUCAGAAUUAUCCCCAACAGAAAGGACUCUGGGUUUUUUGGGGAAAGUAAUUUUAAACAUUUUUCUUCAAUUCAUUAUGAAUUAUUUCCCAACACUCUUUUACCCUUUUACAGAUCCACCACAUAUGACAGAACAUACCCUCAGUCUCAUUGCACCUCCAGCACUUAUCUGAUUCAGUCUUGUACAUCUUAGCAAGCCCACUCGGAGUUACACACCAUCUGUGAAUCAUUUUCAGGUAGUUCUCCUCCAAGGAAUAACAAACUGUAAACUUCAGAUCGCUCUUCCAAAGCUUUUCCCAGAGAUUAAAUCUAUAUUAUGUCCUUUAUCUAUUGCCCAGUGUGUCAUAGAGGCUUUGAGAAGCUCGUCUUUUGUUUCCCAAUGUAGUAACAGAUUGUAUAUUUAGAUUUUUCUGUCUGGAGAGCAGGGGCAGAACCAUACUCAAAGACCCAGUUUGACACACACACACACACACACACACACACACACAAUUGCGUACCCCCACCUCAAUGGUGCCCCUCUGGAGGCUUCAUUUGGGGCAAAAAAAAACCUGGCUCUCUCUCUCACACACACACACACACACACACACACACACAGACAGACAGACAGACAGACACAGACAUAGCUAUGGGUCUGCCGGGGAGAUCAUUUCACCCCGGGAUUUGACUUAACUCCCCACCCUCCACCGACUGUAGAGUCGGACCCUAUUGUCUCUUGAGGCAGGUAGACGCCAAAAACAAUUACAUUUAUAUGUCACCUUUCUCCCCCCCCACUUCCCCUCUCCCAUUUCAUCCUCACAACAACCCUGUGAGGUAGGUUAGGCCGAGAGCCCACGGUCUACAUUUGUGAGCUCCAUCAUAGGGAUUCGAACCCAAGUCAUAGUCUGAAUCUGCAACCACACUGGCAUAAUUAUUGUUAUUGCUAUUAUUAGCACCCAGCAUUUAACAUCGGAGUUCAAUAUUGAAAGCUGUUUAAAACAGCUUUAGAAUAGCAAAAAAGAAGAAGAAGUCUAUUAUAAUACAUUGUGUUUAUCCAGUUUUUGGUUUGCUUUUGUAUUUAUUACAGGGGUUAACGAAACAGGAAUGUUGAAUGUUGAACAGGCAAACUGUUCUAGCUUCCAUAUUGCCAUAAGGGUGUAAAAUGUCUUUUCUGUUAGUCACCUUUAAUAAAUAUAUGGUUUGAAUGUUUAACCAGUUCCGGAUCAAACUUGUCUGAAGUGCUGGUUGAUGCUUUCAUUACUUAUCUGUCUAGUACAUAUUCUGUUUGUUAUUUUUGUAAACCACUUGGAGACUGUCUUGUUGUUAAGGGGGUAUGUAAAAAUAUUAGAUAAAUAAAUUAAUCUCAGUAAGUUCUACAAUCAUGCAUUUUAAAAUAACUUAAAAUAAGUUUAAAAACAAUACAGUGGUGCCUCGCAAGACGAAAUUAAUCCGUUCCGCGAGUCUCUUCGUCUUGCGGUUUUUUAGUCUUGCGAAGCACGGCUAUUAGCGGCUUAGCGGCUAUUAACGGCUUAGCGGCUUUAAGAAAAAGGAAACAAACUCGCAAGAACUCGCAAGACGUUUCGUCUUGCGAAGCAAGCCCAUAGGGAAAUUAGUCUUGCGGAACGACUCAAAAAACGGAAAACUCUUUCGUCUUGCGCGUUUUUCGUCUUGCGAGGCAUUCGUCUUGCGAGGUACCACUGUACAAAAACCACUAAAGAGAGGUCAUUAAAAAGUGUUGCUUUAAAACUUACUGCUGAAAUGCCUGCUAUGAAUUAUUGUGGGCUUCUGACAUUUUAGAGACCUCAGAAACUCUCCGACAGAUCACAGGGACUUCCUUGGCUUGUAAAGGCUUAAGGCAGACUUUCAAGGAAAACAACAGGGUGACAGGUGGAAGUUGGGCAAGGAAUGCGUCAAAUGCCCAUCACACAUUGUUUUAUUUCAGUCCGCUCCUGAUUAAUCCCCGUGCUUUAAUUCAGUGCUCAUUUUAAAGGCACGUUUCAUCAGCCUUAUGUCCUCCGAAUGUUUUUGGCUACACCACGCUGGUGAAGGGAAGGGAGGCUUUGUUCCUUGGUUUCAGUUUGGGUGUUUUUGACUAUAUUUAUGUUCUGUUAUGGCGUGUCCUAUGUGGUUUUGUCAGGGACCAGUGUGCCCUGUGCUAUUGCAGAACGUUUGCCUUCUCUGAAUCGCUUGGAGCACAGUGGAAAAUGUGGAUUUUUUUUUUAUUUUUAAAUGGCUGGAAGGUGGUUUAAGCAAUGGCUAUUGUGAAAAUCUUUUAAUCAGUAAACUAAAUCAAACCUGAAACCUUUGAAAGUGUCAGGCUCUCCUUCGUUGGAGGUUUUUAAACAGAGGUUAGAUGGCCCCUGAGUUGCAGGGGAUUGGAGUCGAUGCCCCUUUGGGGCCUUUCCAACUUUACAGCCCUAUGAUUCUGUCAUUCAAUGUCCUUGACAGGGUAUGGGGGGGGUGCACCUGUUGAAAUUUUAUUAGAUAAACCUGCAACCCUCCAGAUAUUUUGGACUACAACUCCCAUCAGUCCCAUUUUGUGUUGUGAACCGCUCUGUGGUCUUCGGAUGAAGGGCGGCGUACAGAUUUAAUAAAUAACAAUAAUCCCAGCCAGUAACCAAAAGCAUCCGAAAGGCAUCAGAUGGCUGAACUAAAUCAUAGGAGUCCCAUAAAAUGAAUAUAAAGACCUGAUUCAGCAUCGUGAGUCAGCCUGUUGCUGGAUCAUUCUGCAAAAUCUCAAGCCGGAGCUCUUUCCCCAACUUAGCUACAUUUUUUUUUAAACUGGAAAUGUUUGGGAUGGGGAGAGAGCCCCGAGGACCAGAGAGGAGUGGACAAAUUACCGUAUUUUUCGCUCUAUAAGACACACCAAACCACAAGACGCACCUAGUUUUUGGAGGAGGAAAACAAGAAAAAAAUAAUUCUGAAUCUCAGAAGCCAGAACAGCAAGAGGGAUCGCUGCGCAGUGAAGGCAGCAAUCCCUCUUGCUGUUCUGGCUUCUGGGAUAGCUGCGCAGACUGCAUUCGCUCCAUAAGACGCACACACGUUUCCCCUUACUUUUUAGGAGGGAAAAAGUGAGCCUUAUAGAGCAAAAAAUACGGUAGUUCCCUGGGUCCUGAGGCCACCCCACCCCUGUGUUACACAGUUCUAGAGAGGUGCUCACUUCUCUCUGUCAGGGAAAUAACUCCCCUAAAGAGGAGGAGAAGGCUAUUGUGAAAGGGGUAAGGUGUAGGUUUUCCUUAGAUUUGAUGGACCACCACACAAAUUUCUCUUCUUCCUUUCCCCUUUUCAGGUUCACUUCUGACACCUGGCGUUGCAUCAGCCUGUUUGAACAAUGGAGGCGGAAGAUGAGAUGGAAAAGAUCAAUAUUGUCAGUGAAAAUAACCAGGAGAGCGAGCCGGAAGAUCAAGGGGCGGCGCUGCUGGGCACCCCGAAGAGCCUGCCCAGCACCUGGCAGCACAAGUGCGCCUCUUAUGUCCUGGCCCUCCGCCCCUGGAGCUUCAGCGCUUCCCUCACCCCGGUGGCCCUAGGCAGCGCUCUUGCCUACCGCUCCCUGGGGACUUUGGACCCUGGGCUCCUGGUCGGCAGCGCAGUGACCGUCUUGGCCGUCCACGGAGCCGGGAACCUCGUGAACACCUACUACGACUUCUCCAAGGGGAUCGAUCACAAGAAGAGCGACGACCGGACCCUGGUGGACCGGAUAUUGGAGCCCCAGGACGUGGUCAGAUUCGGGGUCUUCUUGUACACCCUCGGUUGCAUAUCUGCGGCCUGCCUCUACUGCCUCUCUACCCUCAAGCUGGAGCAUCUAGCCCUGAUCUACUUCGGAGGGCUCUCUAGCUCCUUUCUCUAUACUGGAGGUAAGGAAUCCUCACCAACACACACAGAUCUUUUCUUGUUGCAGAGCAUCUUUCCCGGACGUGGGGCCCUCCAGGUGUGUGGGGCUCCCAGAUCCCUGGGAUGCGAGAGUCCAAAGCUUUUGAAGGGCACCAAACUUAAGGUGUAGGCUGUUUAAGAAGAGCUGGGCAAUAUCUGGUUUUCAAUAUUGUUAUAUAUCACAAGCUAAACAUGGUGAUAUACCAAUAUAUCACAAUGUCUGAAAUAAGGAUGGAGCAUUGGCUGGCUUCAUGGUUUUUCCUGCAUCGUGAUUUUUGCUGGCAUCUGCUUCUUUCAUUCACUGCCCCAUGCAUGCGGCAGGGGAGAGCUGAGCUGGCAGAGUUAACAGUAGCUGCAGGAAUCGAGAGAAGCAUUGGCUGGCUUCACAGUUUUCCUCACAUUGUGAUUUUUGCAUAGCACCCACACCCACAAUUUGUGAUAUAUUGCCAGGUAAAAAGUUAUGAAACCAAUUUCACAUUAUGGACUUCAAACCAGUUUUGGACAAUAUAUCAAUAUAUUGUCCAGCCUUAGCCAGGUUCAGUAACCGAGGCGACAGGGGUUCUGCUCCAGAAUUCUGUGAUUUAGGUUUAGGGUUGGGCAAUAACUGGUUUUCAGCAUUGCGAUAUAUCACCAGCUAAACCUGGCGAGAUACCAAUAUAUCACUGUGACUGAAAUAACCAUGGAGUUACGCAGAGGCAUCACCUUCACAGUUUUUCCUGCAUUGUGAUUUUUGCCGUGUUGAUCAUCUAUGUUGCCUUCUGCUAAAAAAUUAUCAAUGUCGGGCGUUUUGCAAACAUGUUUUAGAGAAGCAUUAUCACUGUUGCAUCCCCACCAGCUGGAUGUCUUAGAUAAUCCUUUCAUAAAUGAGUGCAAUGGAGUCCAGUAAAUUCUAAAAAUUAUUUUUUGUUGUUGUUUAGAGAGCGGAGGACAAGUACGAGUCUUAAUUUGAGGUCCAGAGACACCCUUGUUAUAGAACUUAACACAAUUGCUUGGUUGUGAUUGAGAUUCCCAAUUCGUUUUCCAUUCCUCCUUUCAUAACUGUGUAUCCAACUGGUUUGCUGCUAAGGAGCAUUUAUAUAUGAUAAUUGUGGGGUGAUGUUUUUGUUUGUUUGUAUGUUUGUUACAUAAGAGUUGAUCGACUCUUUUAAUAUCUGGGGUCUCUGAGCCGCAGAAGGUCUUUUGUAAGUUUAAGACUUCCACCCUCCUGAUCUUCAGUUCAGGGGUGAUAAGGCUGUCGGUGCUCACUAGCCACAACGGCUAUACUCUGCUUCCACUAUUGAAGGCCACAGGCCUGCGAGCAACAGUUUCUAGGAAUCAGUAGCAGGGAGAGCGCUGUUGCACAUGGGUCUGGCUUGUGGCGUUCCCAUGAUGGGACCACCUGAUUGGCCACCAUGAGAUCAGGUUGCCUUCACCCUGAUCCUGUCGGGCUCUCAUUAUGAUAGUAUUAUUUAUUGCAUUUAUAUCCCUCCCCCCCCCCAGGAGCUCAAGGUGGUGCAUGUGGUUCUUCUCAUUUAAUCCCCACAACCACUCUGUGAGUUAGGCUACGUUGAGAGAGGCAGUGCCUGGCCUGUUCUCACCCAAAGAGCUUAAUGGCAUGGGGAGGGGAGAAGGGAGGGGAUUCGAACCCUGGUCCCGGCCUGCCGCUCUAACCGCUACACCUUUGCUGCCUCCUCUGUCAUUCUGUUCUGUCGUGACUGCAGGCAUUGGCUUCAAGUACGUGGCACUGGGCGACGUGGUGAUCCUCAUCACCUUUGGGCCGCUGGCCGUGAUGUUCGCCUACGCCGUGCAGGUGGGCUACCUGUCGGUCUCGCCCUUGCUCUACGCCGUCCCGCUGGCCCUGAGCACUGAGGCCAUCCUGCACAGCAACAACACCCGGGACAUGGAGUCGGACCGGCAGGCCGGCAUUGUCACCCUGGCCAUCCUCAUUGGGCCGACGUUCUCCUACUUCCUGUACAACGCCCUCCUCUUCCUGCCCUACCUGGUCUUCUGCGUCCUGGCUACCCGCUACACCAUCACGAUGGCCCUCCCGCUCCUCACAAUCCCCAUGGCCUUCUCCCUGGAGAGGCAGUUCCGCAGCCAGAGCUUCGUCAAGCUCCCCCAAAGGACAGCCAAGCUCAACCUCUUGCUGGGACUCUUCUACGUCUUCGCCAUCCUCUCGGCGCCCCCGGGGGCCCUUCCGAAGCUCUAGUUGGGGGGCAAGUUCUAUGGAGGUGACUGUGGCUGGAAACUCUGGGUUUUCCCUUGAGAACUGGGUGCAGUGGAGGUCGAGGCGAGAGGGGCCGCUGCCCCACCAACUCCGGCUUGCAUCCAGUCGAGGGUGGUGGUCCUGGCUAUCGGCUUCCUCCUCCUCCUUAGUCUCAGUUUUGCCAUUAUAGAACUCAGUAUGGAGGAAGAGGAGGAGGAUGGGGGCAAAGCUGGGAUUGGCUGGUUCUACCUGUCGUUCUCUCUGGCCCCACCUUCUCGGGGGCCUCUCUGCCUUCUGCCACACCUGUAUCGGUGGGCACAAGCCUCUGCUGCCUGGGCAGUGCUUGUGGGGUUAUUUUUCUCAGAGAACAAGAAUAAGAGGUCUCUCAAUUGAGCUGUUUAAUUUUUUUUGUCUUAAUGGUUUAGGUUGCAGCAUUCCUGCUCAUGGGAUCCCUCUGUACGGAUGCUGCAAAAGUAUUUUCUUUUAAGUGGGGGGGGGUGUGGAAAGAGAUAUGAAAGCUUAACCCCCAAUGUUUCAUUUGUUCUCCCAGCACUCCCGAAAAGUUGGAAAAUAAAUGUUUAAAGAAACUGUCCGGCUUUCUAGGGAAGGAUGUGCCGUACUUUGCAGAGCUAGUGGAAACUGAAUGUAAGCUGAGCAAGGAAUUCAAGGAACCCUGAAGGAUAGGCAGCCUUUGCCAAGCAGGUGCCCAAAUGUCGCUGAACUGCAACUCCCAUCAGCCCCAGCCAGUGUGGUCCAAUUGAUGAUGGGAGUUGUGGUCCAUCAACAUCAGGUCAUCAACAGGUUGCCCAUUGCUGCAUUAAAACAAUGCUGAGUAAUGACGGAGGUAUCUGAGCAUGGUAGAGACAUGUCAGGGGGUAGCUAGAGGGCAGUAAGGGCAAGUGACAGUACAAAAACUGUUGGACUCCCAACUCUUAUCAGCCCAGCAAGUUGGAAUUAGGGCUGGGCGGUAUCUGGUUUUCUCUCUCUCUCUCUCUCUCUCUCUCUCUCUCUCACACACACACACACACACACACAUAUAUAAUUUUCAACAAAAAUAAUGAAAACAAAAAACACACAAUAACAAAUACAAUAAGAAAUACAAAGAAAAAUAUACACAAAAACAAUAUCAAAUCCAUAAAAUGGGAUUCUCCGAAUCCCGUGACUUCCCUCUCCCCCCACCCCUGGUUCCUUAAAUUUUCUUUUCAGCUGCAUAUCAUUUUUACUCCAAAUUAUUUUUGGCGAUAUCUGGUUUUCAGCGUCAUACCACCAGCUAAACAUUGUGAUAUACUGAUAUAUCACAAUGUCUGAAAUAAGGAUGGAGCUAUGUAAAGGCAUUGGCUGGCUUCACAGUUUUCCCCACACUGAUUUUUACAUAGCACACACACAUCAUGAUUUGCGAUAUAUUGCCAGGUCAAAAUUUAUGAAACGGAUUGCACGAUAUGGACUUCAAACUGGUUUUGGAUGAUAUAUCAAUAUAUCGCCCAGCCCUAGUUGGAAUUCAGUAACAGUUUGGAUUCAGAACUGUUUGGGGAAGGCCGAUUAAGCAUAUAACGGCUUAGAAAACCAAUGUUUAAAUGCACAGCCUGAAUCAAGAAAGAAGUGUCGUCUCCAUUCUCUUAACAUCCCUAUAGAGUGGAGCUCCACCAGACCUCUCAUCGGAAGGAAUUCCAGAGGACUGACAAGCACCAAGACACAAAUCCUUGGUUCAUUUUCUCUCUUCUCCAGAGAGAUGGGUGCCAAGACGGAUCUACCCUUUGGAUCUUGAUGAUUAUUAAAUCCUCCAUAUUGUUCUAUAAUAGGCAUCCUCCUUAUUUAACAGGUACCAUACCCCACUUUAACCACUGCCAAAAAGCUCAAGGGACCAGUGGUGGCGACAGCGGCGCUUGGAAGCCCGGGUGUUGACGGUUGGACAACCUGCUGUUUCUAAUUUUAGUGAUGUGCUGAGCCUAUUGAGGUUGGUGGGGGUGGUCAGUAGGUUGGGCCUCUUGGGGAUAGGACCCCCAAAAGAUCUUCCUCCCCUCCUUCCUGUAUGUUUCCUGGGAAGAGUUUGUUCUUGAAAAAUAAAGCAAAACUUUUAUCUUACUUUAAAGCCAUAGACUGGGCGUCCUGUGGCUUAAGAAAAAUGUUGUUUGCCAGAGAGCUUGAAAGGUGAGCAGAAUGGGCAAAUCUGGCUGUUUUGCCGUGUAUCCAGGUGAUGAGGCUUGAAACGGCAACCGGUUUUGUAUUGAGGGUGGAUCACAAACUGUCCUAAAAAAGAGAACCAGGGUCCCUUUUUCUUUUGUGCUCUCUGGUGGAGAAACGGCCCCUAAAAAACCA